AAGUACUAAUUUUUUUCCUUUUUACUUUUCCCGUACCUUGUUCUGUUCUGAGCAGACCAUCUUCUUGUUAAGCAAGAAAGAUACGGUGAUGAAAUACGGUCGUGGAUCACACGCACCCAACAGAGGUUCCAAAUUCGCUUCCCUGUUAUCAACUUCGUAGCUCACUUUCCUAUUCUCGAGAGAUGGUGGUGCUUCCCGUGGUGAAGCUGGCAACACUCGCCCUCAAGACCGCGUGUAAACCAAUCGCCAGCAGGCUCAAGAAGGAGGCCGGUUACCACCCUAAGUUCCGCAGCUUCAUAAUCGCCAUUGCCCAGGCCAAUCACAGAUUGACGACGAGAGUGCAGAGAAGAAUCUACGGUCGUGCCACCGAUGUUGCAAUCCGUCCUUUGAACGAGGAGAAGGCUGUGCAAGCUGCUGCGGAUUUGCUUGGAGAACUCUUUGUGUUCUCGGUUGCUGGAGCUGCUGUCAUUUUUGAGGUGCAAAGAAGUUCAAGAUCAGAAGCAAGAAAGGAAGAAAUACGUAGACAGGAAAUACAGGCAAUACAGACGAGGAAUGAAGAGUUGGCUAGAGAAAUGGAACUUCUUGCACACAAACUUGAAAAGCUGGAACAACUUUCUAGAGGCCGAGGAUUAUUUGGCACUCUUAACUUCGGACCCACUCAUGUCUCCGAAAAUACAAAAUCCAAUUGAUUGCUGCAAUUAAGCAUUGACCACAGAUUUUGUUAAACAAACCAUUGCUCUUGGUUUGGAAAGGAAACAUAACUGAUAAAA